GUCAAUGCCAAAACAAUGGCAGCUUAUGUGUAGCAUUUUUUUUGUUUUUCAUUGAUACGUAUAGUGAAAGUGAUCUCAUAUUGAUCUUUAUUCCGUGCAGAAUGGGGUAUAUAAACCGCUGGCCGUUCAAAAAAAUUAUCAAAGUACCUCGAUCAGCCGACAUGUCUUUCAAAGUAAUUUCCUUCGCAGCCUUUUUGGCAGUAGCUCAAGCUGGAUUUCUUCCAGAAACCUACCAUGCACCAUUACAGUACGCUGCACCUAUCGCUAAAGUAGCAUACUCGUCAGCCCCAGCUGUGUCAUACUCCAGCGUAUCAGCUCCUGUAGCCUACGCUGCUGCCCCAUCUUACGCUAAACUAGCUGCCCCAGUUGCAUACGCUGCUCCAGCUCAGUAUGCUGCACCUAUCGCUAAAGUAGCCUACUCUUCAGCCCCAGCUGUAUCAUACUCCAGCGUAUCAUCUCCAGUAGCCUACGCAGCUGCUCCAUCUUAUGCCAAACUAGCUGCACCAGUCGCAUACGCUGCCCCAGCCCAUUAUGCUGCUCCUGCUGUAUCCUACGCCGCCCCAGCAUACAAAGUAGCCGCUCCAGUAGCCUACGCCGCACCAGUACACAAAACCAUCAUCACCGAACCUGAAGCACCAGCUAACUACGAUUUUGGAUACGCCGUAAACGAUCCCCAAACCGGAGACAGCAAAAGCCAACAAGAAUCUCGUCAUGGUGAUGUCGUUCAAGGAAGCUACUCCCUUGUUGAAGCCGAUGGAAGCAAACGUAUUGUAGAAUAUACCGCUGAUGCCCACAAUGGUUUCAACGCCGUUGUUCACAAGGAACCAGCUCAAGUUGCUGUUAAAGCCGUAGUAGCUAAAAUUGCUGCUCCAGUCCAAUAUGCCGCUCCUUUGUCCCAUGGAUCUUACUACCACUAAAUAAUUUUAGUAGCCUGCUGUGACGUUGUAUAUAAUUUUAAAUUAUUUUAAUAAAGACUGUGAAAUUAAAAGCAUAUUUUUAUGGUUUUACAAAAUCAAAGUAAUAUUAUUAGUAUACAUAAUAAGUGUGAAGGGUGCAACAUUUCGCACGAG